AUGGUUAGGUGUAGCUUCCAAGGAUGCAGGCAGCUUGUGAUCUGUAUUUGUGCAUGUGAAAAAGACGGCCUUUGCUUUUGUAGAGAGCAUAGAGAUAGCCAUGUUGAAUUACAACCUCAGAAGCAGCAUUUAAUAGAACAUUUGUUAUUUGAAGGAUUAGAUGAGCAGAAUAAUGACAAAUAUUACGAAAUAAUACAGCAGGAAAUUAGCCAAAAUGAACGAAAAUAUGAGGAAUCUGGAGGAUCUUUUAUUAUUCCAGAAAAGUAUCAACUGGAAUCGUUUUUGACAAUGCUGUCGGAGAUCGCUUUAAUUGAAAGUAUCCCAGAGAGACCAUAA